UUGCUGUCCAGGGGGAGGCGGGCGGAGGGAAGGCGCUGCCGUCGCCUCGCCUGCGGCGACACAGACGCCGAGAGCAGCUGAGGCGAGUGACUUCUUCUGACCUGAGGCUUCAAGUGCUUUGAGAGAUCUACUACCAGAUCAUCUCAACUUCAGUCUCUUGGAACGACUCACUGGUGACAGUCAAAAUUGCAGGGCCACAGAGCCGCUGGUGAUAAAAUCUGCCGCUGAUAAAAUCCGCCACGAUACUGUGGGAGGCUCCGAGUCCUGAGGCUACACGUGACUGCGUACUCUGAAUUCUUGCUGCCAGGAUGGGAAAACAGAACAGCAAGUUGCGCCCGGAGGUCAUGCAGGACUUGCUGGAAAGCACAGACUUUACUGAGCAUGAGAUCCAGGAAUGGUAUAAAGGCUUCUUGAGAGACUGCCCCAGCGGACAUUUGUCAAUGGAAGAGUUUAAGAAAAUUUACGGGAACUUUUUCCCUUACGGGGAUGCUUCCAAGUUUGCAGAGCACGUCUUCCGUACCUUCGAUGCCAAUGGUGAUGGGACGAUAGACUUUAGAGAAUUCAUCAUAGCCCUGAGUGUGACGUCGAGGGGCAAGCUGGAGCAGAAGCUGAAAUGGGCUUUCAGCAUGUAUGACCUGGAUGGAAACGGCUACAUCAGCAAGGCAGAAAUGCUAGAGAUCGUGCAGGCGAUCUACAAGAUGGUUUCCUCCGUAAUGAAAAUGCCCGAAGAUGAGUCAACCCCGGAGAAAAGGACAGAAAAGAUCUUCCGCCAGAUGGACACCAACAGAGAUGGAAAACUCUCCCUGGAGGAGUUCAUCCGAGGGGCCAAGAGCGACCCGUCCAUCGUGCGCCUCCUGCAGUGUGACCCCAGCAGCGCCGGCCAGUUCUGAGCCUGCACCCCACGAAUCGAAUCGCACAGCUGCUUGUGUUCCCUUUUGAUUUGUCUUUUUUAACUUUUUUUUUUUUGGCCAAAUAUCGACGGUGAUGCUGUUCCCUGUGCGGUCAGAUGCACCUUCCUCGUGACGCCUUCAGCUUCUUUUGUGGUGGACGCUUCCUGGGCAUGCCCAGAACCCCAACGCUUGUGGAGAGCAUGUGCAUCCUGCACAGACUUUGUGAUGUUCGUUGUUCUGACGACUUUCAAUCGUUAUUAUUAUUUUUCUCUUGAUUCUAAUGUCUCUGUUCUAACACCGAAGACUCGGAGAGGCAGAAGGAGGGGAACCAAUCUGGUGCCAGGACGGGCCGGCAGGCUUUGAGGGGCUUGUUGGAAAAACAAGACUCCCCCCUGGGUCUGUCGUCACAUGUGCCUGAGGGGCGAUGACGCCAGACAUGGGAUUCCCAAAGUAAGAACAGGGAACCUUCUGGGGCCAGGCUAUUACAGGGACCUGAGGAAUUCCCCCCUCGCAGGCCUGCCCUGCCCCGCCCCCAGCAGGCUGUAGUUUUUAAGCUGUGAACAUUUCAAGGUAAAUUAAUAGCAACAAGGAAAAGAUGGCUCAGCUCUUUCUUCACAGGUUUACACUAGUUGAGCUAAGAUGAGUUUGCUUGGAAAUUAAUCACAAAUGGUAACAUAUUCCAAGGCCAGGUCCAUCUUGUUGCCUCUUGUGAUUUAAAAAAAAAAAAGGAAAGAAAAGAAUGUUGUAUAUAAAAUAUUGGGUAUUGCAGACCAAAUUAAGUGUUUUGCCUUGUUUAAAUAAAAUGCAUGUUUAGUGAGCACUAAUCCAAACUUAUUACAGAAGACUGUUUCCAGUAGCUUAUUGUGAAGUAAGCCAACUAUAAUGAAUGUCUGUGUCUUGUUUUACAGUCAUAUCUGUCUUUGCACAAAUGCACCAAUCAACAGGUAUAUUUUAUAUAUUCCAGAAAAGUACUAAGUAACCAUGGCUAGGGCCCAAACCGAAUUGUGAAUGCUUUUCCAGAGUAGCGGUGCCUGGAGGACAGAAGCAGGGCAGCUUGGAGUGGGCUCAUUGACUGGAGCGCCAGAGGGUCAGCCCUAGGAGAGAGAGGAGGCGACGGCUUGGCCGCCAGCCCCGCAGCCCAUUGGCAGCAUUACGCUGGAGGUGCUCAGUACUCUGUAGACCCAGAAACGGACCGCCUGGCAGGGACUACCCAGUGGCUGAAUCCACGAGAAUGGUUAGGGAGCCGCAGCAGGAAGGACGACUUUCCGUGCCCCGGCUGGCCCUCCAGGGAGUGGGAGGUGGGACCGUCAUCUGAUCCAUCGUGAAGAAGCCGGGGGCAAGUGUGUCUGUGAUUUCCAAGACCCACUGUGGGAAAUGCAAAGGUCUUUCCCAUCACCGUGUUCUUUGAAUGCAGAUUUUUAUUUCCAGAAGCGACAGCACAAACUUGAGUUGCUGUUCAGUCAGGGGACCUCAUACCCACUAAUUGGAAUGGAAAGUGAAGAGUAAGGAUUGCAAGUCACAGGGCAGUGACAGUUCGGUAGGCGGGAGGCGGGAGACAGGAGGAAACCCCAACACUCAGCUGCCCGAGAGAAGGUAGAGAGGUCCUCCGGGGGGCCUGCCUGCUGUCACAGAGAGAGACAUUGCAGGCACGAGAAAGAUGACGCUGAGCUGGUUCCAACCUCCAGAUCCUCGGGUAUUACUUGAAUCCACUUUAACAGGUAGCAAAAAUCCAAAUGUGUGUGGUUAACCAAAAUGGACCAAUUGUGCAGGAUGAAAUUUUGAGACCUGAACUCAGUAAAAUAAUUUUAAUUCUCCUCAGAGUGUCACUUUCUCACAGUGUUUUAUCCUGAGACUGGCCAAGUUCCUCUGUGGCCCGAGCAGUAAAAUCUAGUUUUCAAAAACAGGGAAUUAACCUAAGACUUGGAGUGCAGAGGGGGCGAGGCGACCCAGCACCUCUCUCCCUAGCGCUCAGGAGUCACACCUAACCGUCCCCCAAUCUCGAUUCAAGGUCCAAUUCCUCCUUUAAUUCUCCUUAGAUGCUGGAGUGAGUGACUGUGUGGGAACUCCACCUGGGCUCUGCCCUGGGUCCCGAUAGCUUGCUGAGCCUCGCGUGUCCCCUGGGGAGCCUCGGGCUGCAGUGAGCGGCAGGGAAGAGGGGCUCCAGAUGUUUAGGGAAGAAAACGAGAGCCAGACGCGCGGCUAACGAACGCCAACACGCCGGGAUGUACGGAAAUAGCCCUCAUCCUGGCCUGCCGUUGACCCUGUCUGUAUUUUCUCGAGGGUUGUUUUUCUUCUCCUCCUUCUUCCCGGGAAGGCCUUUGUAUGUCUAAUCCAAGGCACUCGUUUCUGGCCGGGGGACUCUGCGGCACCCAGAGGGCUGGAUGCCUGAAGGUUUAUGUCACUCCUGUGCCGGGCUGUUCAUUGUCACUGCUGUGUUGAGGGACCUCUGGAAAUGGAGUCUGCUCUGUCUGACAUCAAGCCAGGCUGUGAUGUUCAAGGGACUGGAAUAAAGUGGCUUAUAAA